GAGGUCCUAAUGUAACUCACUCGGGCACCGGCUAUAGAGGUCCUAAUAUUACUCACCCAGGGUCGGGUAUAAGACAAGGAUAUAAUGGUACUCAUAUGGGAACUGGAUAUAGAGGUUACAAUGGUACGAAUAUACCUCAUGGUACAAACUAUGUGAACAAUGGUGUUAGACCGGGAUCGGGAACAUAUGUCAAUUCAGGACAUGUAGGGAACACCGUUUAUGUAACGGGAAACGGCAGAGGAUCUGGUACUGGUGGACGAGUAGGGGCGGCAGUGGCCGGUGGAGUGAUAGGCGCCGCAGUGGGAGCUUAUGGUGGCUAUAAGUUGGGCAAAAUGGUUGGCAGCCACGGCUAUAAUGGUAAUUAUGGCUAUUACGAUGUAAACUAUCGUUAUGUGAAGUGUCCGCCACCGCCCAAAAUACUGGUCGACCCCGAGACCAAAGUGUCGUAUAUACCAACUACCGUGGCGUACGACUCCCGGUGCCACUACUACGAUAAGGAACCGCCGAAAGUCUACCCGGGCUAUGAGUUCCGGACACAAAUACACCCCAUCGUACUUACCGUUACUAUUAAACGCAUUGAUUAUCUGAUCCAUUAG